AUGUUCCAGCCCAGCAAGCAGGAGCCACUGUGUCUGAAAAGAGGGGUCAUUGAACCAAUUAAACACACGUGUGACGCCUCAAUGAUCCCCGACACAUGGAACUAUAAAGGAAAGAGAGUGAAAGACGUCCGCUUCGAUGCAAAAGAGCCUGACAAUGACUGUGUUGUGAGCCACAUAAUCAGAUUGAGAGGAAAACUGGGCUGGUCCACUGAGAUUCCUGACAGGAGAAUAGCAAAAGCAUGCCCACAGAACAUACAGGAAAUCCCUGAGGGGACUAAAAAGGAUCCUGGAGAGUAUGUGUACUGUCUGAUGAGGAACAGAGGUGACCCCAAGAUCCAGCCCAACCCCUAUGAUCUUCAGGUGGUUUCUGUACAGACAGCUAAACAGAGCUGUCAGUACUGGACCGUCAGCGCUUCAUGCAUAUUCAAGGCAGCAGAGGUCCACGGUGCAGAGAGACUGUUCCUCCCUCUGUCCUCUCAGUCGACCAACAGGCCGCUGUAUGCUGAGGUGGCUGAGUGGCGGAUCCUCUUGUGUCGCUUCAGCCACUUCCUCAACCUGAUAGACAGAAUGUUUGAAGAGAUGCUCUGUGUCUUGGUCAGAUCUGCAGUUCAACUCCUUCUGUUGUUCCUCCGAGAGUCCUCUAACACUAAUGGAGUGAAAGCGAGAAGACAAAAGACAAAUUCGCCCAGCAAACGAGUGAAGCUAACCAUCUAUCCCUGCCUUGAUGACUUCACACUGCACAUUCAACAGGUGCUACAAGGAUUUGAACAAGUCAUUGCCAAACAGACAUCCUUCAACCAAGACCCUAACCUCCUGGACUUGCACUCGCCCCCUGUGUUUGACCUGAAACUGUCUGUUGACGAGGAGCUGGAGAAGGAAAGAGACCAACAUCUCCGACCAUGGCCUGAGCUGGAGCUGUUACUGGGGACAGAUCCCGCUUUCCAGUCUGAUCUGUCAGACAUCCUCAGUACCGUCCAGCGAGGGAUGCAGGGAGUGGAGAAGCACUGUCAGAGGCUAGAGAAGUUCUGUGAUAUGGUGGAGACAGCCAUGUUGACUGACAUGGAUGGGUUCUUGGCCGGGGAGAAAUGGUCUCCCCAGGAUAUCAAGGCCAUCUUGGCGGUGCACACAGAGAGCGUCAGGCUGAUGAAAAGGAUAGAGACUGAGACCCGUGUCAACAUGAUCCUGGUCAGGUGUCACCAGUACCAGUCAAACUGCCUGCCCUACCCAGAGGCUCUCAUCUUUACCAUUCACUCCAUGCUCCCCUCCAUUGUAAAGAAGAAGAAUCUGGAACUGAUGGAGGUGAUCAGAGGAGCUCUUAAAAAGCUGGAUAAAGACAUUUUUACAGUGGAAGAGUUUGUUGAGCAUCUGACCUUCCUGAGUCGGAUAUCUGUGCAGAUUCCAACUCUGGAAAGACAGUAUCAGUUCCUCAUCCAGCUCUAUAGUAUGGCUAAAGAGUACCAGAUCACUAUCUCUCCUGAGGAGCUGGCUUUGUACCAGCACCUCGUCCCCAGCUUCCAGCAUCUCAAAUCCACUGUCAUGAUCUGUGAAACCAAGAGGGAUGACAACAUCUUCAAGUUCAGCGUUGAUCUGGGCAAACACUUAAAUCAACUCAGAUAUGAGCUUGUUCUGGUUAAAAUGAAGGUGAACAAUCCCAUCCUGCUUUGCUCCUAUACGUCUCCCAAAGUGGCCAAUGAGAUCCUCCAGGCUCUCUCGGAGGAGGUGGCCAUCUACUCCAAUAAGGCAUACAGCUACACUAGCUACGGAGAGCUCCUGAGAAACUCUUUUUCUAUGAAGAAGAUCUCCACUGUGGUCCGCAUGAAGCAGGGCCGUGGUUCUAACGCUGCCGAAGUGGAGGCAGAGCUGUCUGAGGUGGACUGUGCCCUGACGCUGAGGAAGAUGCUCUGGGGGAUGCAGAAGGAAUGGGAUAAACAGUACAGCCGUUGGAGAACCACCACCUUCGAGCUGCUCAAUGUGGACGAUCUGCAAAAUGAUGUCAGCCGCUUUACACAGACCAUCUACAUGUUAGAGAAAGGUUUACCUGAAAACAACAUAGUUCCCAUUCUGAAGCAGAAGGUGAUGGACUUCAAGCUUUGUCUGCCCAUCGUCCUGGCUCUCAGGAACCCUUAUCUCCGUCAGAGACACUGGGAAGACAUCCAGAGCUAUAUCGGACAAUUCUUCACCAAAGAGGAUAACUUCACCCUUGGAAACCUAUUAGACAUAAAGAUUCUUCAGCAAAGUGGUUUGAUAGGGGACAUCUCCACUACUGCCACCAAUGAGGCCACUUUAGAGAGCAUCUUGUACAAAGUGAUCGACCUGUGGAGGAACACAGACUUCCGUCUGAUCACCCACCAGUCUGACGCAUCCACGGUGAAAAUCAUCGCCUCGGCAGACGACGUCAUGGCACAGCUGGAAGAGAGUCAGACCACUAUCAUGAGCAUCAAGACAUCCCGCUACGCUGAGCCUAUCAAGUAUCUGAUAGAUGAAUGGGAGAGGAAGCUGAACCAGUUCUCACAUACUCUGGAGGAGUGGGUCAUGUGUCAGAAGAGAUGGCUCUACCUGGAGCCUAUCUUCUCUGCUGGAGGGAUUCAGAGACAGCUCCCAGCGGAGGCCAAGGUGUUCCUGCAGGUGGAUCAAUCAUGGAAGGAGAUCAUGAGGAGGACAGAUGACAGGCCUAAUGCCCUGAGAGCAGCUACCGCCCCUGGGGUCCUGGAGAUGCUGCAGGCUGGCAACGUCCACCUGGAAAAAAUACAGAAGUGUCUGGAGGAUUAUUUUGAAUCCAAAAGAUCAGUUUUCGCAAGAUUCUACUUCCUCAGCAAUGAGGAACUGCUGGAUGUUCUGUCACAGAGCAAAAAUCCCAACGCCAUUCAGCCUCAUCUUGUAAAAUGCUUCAGCAACAUCCGUCACCUGAACAUCCAGGAACAUGCUAGGAUUCACCAUGUGGUGGCAAGCAUACGUUCAGCCGAGGGUGAAACUGUGACCAUGCCAAAUAAUGUUCAAAUACGUGGGCCAGUGGAGCAAUGGAUGGGAAAUGUGGAAACAGCCAUGUACAACACAGUGAAAAGGCGCUUGAAGAUAGGAGUGUCAGAAUGGAAUCCUCAGAACUUUAAGAAAUGGGUCCUCUCUCACCCCGGACAGGUCGUUCUCACCGUGACCCAGAUCAUGUUCACUAAGGACUGCCAGGAAAGCUUCAGCAGUGAGAGGCAGCUGGAGAGCAUGGUGGUGGUGAAGCAGCAGGUGAUCCACAAUGUGGAGGAGCUGGCUGACCUUGUGUCCGAGCCCCUGCCCUGUCACCAGCAGGCCACCCUAGAGGCCCUGCUCACAAUCCUGGUUCACUGUAGAGACAUCCUCAGCCAUCUCCUCCAGAACCGCAUCACCACUGUCGACGACUUCGAGUGGACAAGGCAGCUUCAAUAUGUCUGGUAUGACAGCACCUCUCUGUGUUACGUGGUCCAUGCCCAGGCUUCCUUCAUGUAUGGCUACGAGUACCUGGGCUGUUCUCCUCGACUGGUCAUCACGCCGCUCACUGACCGAUGCUGGCUGACCCUCACCGGGGCCUUGAGCCUCCAUCUGGGGGGGGCGCCCGCCGGACCCUCUGGAACAGGCAAGACAGAGACGGUCAAGGACCUGGCCAAGGCGCUUGGAAAGUUCUGUUUAGUACUGAACUGCUCUGACAGUCUAGACUAUAAGAUGAUGGGGAAGCUGUUCUCUGGCAUGGUGCAGUCUGGUUCCUGGUGUUGUUUUGAUGAGUUUAACUGUAUCAACGUAGAGGUGUUGUCAGUCAUCGCUGCUCAGCUUCAGUCCAUUAAGGCUGCCAUGCAUAGUCACAGUUUACGGUUUAUGUUCGAGGGAAGAGAUAUCCGACUGAACGCCACAUGUGGAUUCUUCAUCACCAUGAAUCCAGGUUGCAAAGGUCGAGUGGAUCUCCCUGACAACCUAAAGUCCCUGUUCCGGCCUGUCUCUAUGAUGGUACCUGACUUUGACCUGAUUGCUGAGAUCAUGUUGUUCUCUGAGGGCUUCAAAUCAGCCAAAUCACUGUCCAGGAAGAUCGUCAACCUCUACCAGCUCGCCAGCAAGCAGCUGUCUCAGCAGGACCAUUAUGAUUUUGGAAUGAGAGCCAUAAAGUCAGUGCUAGUUCUCGCUGGUCAGAAGAGAAGAUUCGCAGCGCUGUCGUGUGGCCUGACACCAGAGGACGAAUGCUGCGUUCUGAUCUGUGCUUUACAAAACUCUAACUUACCCAAGCUGGUUCCUGAGGACGUUCCUCUGUUUAAAAGCAUCAUGCAGGAUCACUUCCCUGGCGUCGUCAAUCCCAAAACUAUCCAUCCUCAACUAGAGAUCGCCAUAGCUAAGGCUACAGAGAUUCUUGGAUUUCAACAAUGGCCAAAUCAAGCCGAGAAGGUUACACAGCUGUAUAGCCAGAUUUUGGCUCGAGGAGGGGUGAUGUUGAUUGGUCCUACCGGAGGAGGGAAGACAACAGUGAGACUCAUCCUGCAGCAUGCUCUACACCUGCUGCCCUCUCUGUCUGAAGUCCACAGGAGGACCAACGUCUUUAUGGAGUUGGCACCGAGUUCAGAGGUCCACGUGGAAAGCUUCACCAUCAACCCCAAGUGUGUGAGCUUUGGAGAGUUGUAUGGUCAGGUAGACCCCAACACUCUGGAGUGGUCAGACGGCCUGUUCGCUUCUGCAGUCAGAACCUACGCUAAAGAUAUGGUUGACAACUGGCGUUGGAUCAUAAUGGAUGGCCCAGUGGAUAUCCUGUGGGUGGAGAACCUGAACACUGUGUUGGACGACAACAGGACGCUGUGCCUGGUGAACGGAGAGAGGAUCAGCCUGCCAGAUGGCAUUAGGUUCCUGUUUGAAGUGGAUACUCUCAGCCAGGCCACCCCCGCUACCAUCAGCCGCUGUGCCAUGGUCUACAUGGAUCCAGUUGACCUGGGCUGGAAGCCGUAUGUGAGGCGCUGGCUGUCCCAGCUGCCCAGACAGCUGAGCAGAGAGGGAAGGAACCACAUCCAGCAGCUCUUUGACAACAGCAUCACCCAGGGGCUGAACUUUGUUAAGAAGCACCAGAAGCUGCUCAACUUCCAGAUCCCAGAGAUGUCCACAGUCAUGACCGUCUGCAGCAUCCUGGGGGCUCUCAUUAACUUCAUGCAGGGGAAUGGUGGCCUGGGACUAAAUCUUGAGACAUUGUCAGAGGAAGACAUUGGGAAGACCUCUGCAGACAAUGAGUUCACAGGAAAAGGGGAGGAUAACAAAUGGUUUCUCCAGAAAAACCCAGAAAAACUCACGAUUCUUCUUGGGAAGCUGUUUGUCUUUUCAUACGCCUGGGCAGUGGGAGGAGUCCUAAACCAUGUAGAUGACUAUGAUGAUUCCCCAUCUGCUACUAAAGACAAAAGCUGUCACCUCGUCAAUGUUGCACACGCAUUCAAAAACCUGAUCCACAAGUUGUUUGAAGGCGCACCUUGCGGUGUGUCUUUACCGGCGGGGAAUCGUAUGAUCUUCAACUACUUUGUGGAUCUACAGACAGGUGCCUUCGUUCCCUGGGAUGAGUUGGUUCCUAGCACCGAGAGUCUUAUACGCAAAGGUCUGCUCACACCUUUACCCUCUCUGUUGGGAGGAGCCCUGGGAGAGUCUAACACAACAGAUACCACCAGCUUUCUGAGAUCAGGCCCCAUCUGCAGCAAUGAUACUGUCCGCUACUCCUUUCUAAUGAGCCUGCUGCUGCUCAACAAACAACCAGUACUUCUCACAGGGGAUUCUGGAGUUGGAAAAACCAUUCUCAUCCAAAGCAUUCUAAAGAAACUACAGAGAGACGGAGGAGAAAUGGUGAAUCAAAGGACUAUGCUGGGACAAGUCUUUCUGCACAACCAAUCCAAGACAGCCAGCCUGCUGGAGGAUGUUAACCUGCUGACAGCUGUGUUUGGGGGAGAUGCAGAUAAGUCUACAGACGGUGAUUCAUUAAGUGGCUUGUUAAGCAGCAUGCCGUUUGGAGUGUUGCACAGGAUGCGUAGUCCCAGCUAUACCUCAGAAUCCCCAGGAAUCCUGACCUGCACCCUCCAGUGCACUGCUCGUACAACCACUGCCUACAUACAGGCACACAUGUUACAAAACCUCGUCAAGAAAGGCAAAAAUAACCUUGGUGCACCCAAAAAUAAGUCUGUCUUGGUGUUUGUAGAUGAUUUGAACAUGCCAACACUUGAUAGUUAUGGCGCCCAGCCUUCCAUGGAGUUUAUUCGCCAGUUCAUCGAGCUCCAGGGAGUAUUUGAUGCCAAGACUCUCACCUGGAAGGGCAUCCAGGAUGUGACUCUGUGUGCAGCCUGUGCCCCUCCGGGUGGGGGCCGUCAGAACCUCAGCCCCCGUCUGCUAAGACACUUCUCUGUCCUGCUGCUGCCACACCCCUCUAGCAACACCAUGCAACACAUCUUCCAGGUCCAACUCGGGAAGUUCUUUGGUAUCAGAGAUUUCUCCAAGGAGGUGCGUAAAUGCAGAGAGGCCUUGGUGUCUGCCUCCAUCACUGUCUACAAUGAGAUGUGUCAACGCAUGAUGCCCACUCCAGCCAAAUACCACUACACAUUUAACCUCCGAGACCUGUCCAAGGUGGUCCAGGGACUGAUGCAGGCCAGCGACUCUGAGCUAAACUCAGAGGAGGCUGCAGCCUACCUGUUUUCCCACGAGACCUCCAGAGUGUUCCACGACCGCCUGGUCAACGAGCAGGACAGAGAACUGUUCUUUCAGAUACUGUCCAACGAGCUGCACAGUUACUUCAAGGUGUCCUGGCCACCAGAGGAGCUGAUGAGAGAACCCAUAGCAUUCGGAGACUUCCUGGAUAUGAGCAUCCCAACUGCUUCAAGGAUCUAUAAGCACCUACCAGAGUUGAAGAAGAUCCAGGCUGUACUGGAGGAGUGUCACGCUAGUCAUGGAAGGAAAGCCUCUCAGUUCCCCAUGGUGUUUUUCAGGGAGGCAGUGGAACACAUCACUAGAGCCGCCCGGGUUUUCAGAUUGAAGGGAGCACACAUGAUGCUGAUUGGACUGGAUGGCACAGGGAAGGAGGAAUGUGUGACUCUGGCCUGUCAUGUGUCUGGAAGCCAUCUCUACAGGCUGUCUGUCUGCCGGAACUGCAGCUACUCAGACUUCAGAGAUGACCUCAAGAGGGUGUUCAGACUGGCCGGGAUCCAACGUAAAAACACUGUGCUGCUCAUCACUGACUCAGACAUUGUCAAGGAGUCAGUCCUUGAGGAUCUGAACUGCAUUCUGAAAUAUGGUGAUGUCCCUGGCCUGUUUGACAACGAUGAGAUUGAUUCAAUCACUGUGGAUCUCAAGUCAUCCAUGGAGAGCUCUAUCGGUGAAAAUAGAGAGGAGAUGUACUCUUAUUUCAUAGAGCAAGUUCAUCAGAGACUACACAUCGUCCUGGCCCUGAGCCCUGCUGGGAUGCGUCUGAGACAGUACUGUUGGGCCCACCCGGCCCUGCUCUCCUGUUGUAACAUAGACUGGUACAGUGAGUGGUCUAAAGAUGCUCUGCUGCAGGUAGCCAACAGCACCAUCAACUCUGACCACUUUGACUGGCUCGGACAGGUCCUGCAGAACAAGGUAGCCAGAGUGUGUGUGGAUAUCCACCAGAGCUCAACCCAGAUGGCUGCUCAGUAUCUGCAGGAGAUGAGAAGGCCCUACUACAUAGUCCCCAGCACUUUCAUCGAGUACAUAGACACCUUCACCAAGAUGUGUCAUUCAGAGGGGUCUAAGCUCCAUAAUGUCAGAGAUCGUUUUAGUAACGGACUCUCUAUAUUAUCUGAGGCAACAUCUCUAGUCACUGUCAUGCAAGAUGAACUUCUAGCUCUAGGCCCACAGAUAGAGGAGAAGUCAAAGGAAAUAGAGAUAUUGAUGGGAAAACUGAAAGAGGAUUCUCAAGCUGUGGAACAAGUCCGAGCCAUCGUCAAAAUCGAAGAAGACAUGAUGGUGCAAGAAACACGGAUCGUUCAUGAAUAUGCAGAGGAUGCCACGGCAGAUUUGAAUAAAGUUUUGCCUCUGCUGGAGAAAGCAGUUUCAGCUUUAGAUGCUCUGCAAAAGAGCGACAUUUCAGAAAUAAGAGUAUACACCAAGCCUCCAGAACUGGUCCUGACAGUGAUGCAUGCAGUCUGCAUCCUGCUACAGCAGAGGCCUGACUGGACUACAGCUAAACAGCUGCUAGGAGACCCUGGCUUCCUCAAGAGACUGGUCAGCCUGGACAAAGACAGCCUGCCAGAGAAGGUGUUUCUGAAGUUGAGGAGGUAUUCUAAGUGUCCUGACUUUAACCCUGCCAAGGUGGGCAUGGUGUCUAUAGCCUGUCGUUCUAUGUGCCUCUGGGUGCUGGCUUUGGAGCACUACCAUGAAGUCUACAAGAUAAUUGAGCCCAAACGGAACAAAGUCAACGUGGCCCAAGCAGCAUUGGUGAAAUCAGAAUCGAAUCUGAUGAAAAAACAGAAAAGACUAUCGAAGAUCGAGGAGCAUCAGAAAGCUUUGGAGGACCGCUACGAUGCCAGUGUGUCUGAGAGACAGGACCUGGGGAGACGUAAAGAGAGGACCAUGAACAGAGUGCAGAGAGCUGCUUCACUCAUAUCAGCCAUGUCUAAUGAAAAGGAUCGCUGGGAGAAGGCAGUGUGUGACCUGGACAACAAGCUGCAGCACAUAGUGGGUGACGUCAUGGUUUCCUCAGCAUUCAUCACGUACUGUGGACCUCUGACAGCCGACUACCGUAAAGCCAUGGUGAAGAAGUGGCUGGACUUCUGCCACAACAUGGAGAUCCCUGUCUCUCCUCAGUACACCUUCACCUCAGCCAUGACCGAGAAGAACCAGGUGAGACACUGGCAGAACACAGGCCUGCCACCAGAUCAGAACUCCACAGAGAAUGCUUUGAUCGUGAAGAACGGUCCCCACUGGCCCCUGCUGAUCGACCCCCAGGGCCAGGCCACCAGGUGGAUAAGCUCUAUGGAGGGGGUCAGGCUCAGGAAGAUGCUGGCCUCAGACCCCAACUAUAUGAAGACAGUGGAGAGGGCCAUUCGCAUGGGGGACGCUGUCCUUAUUCAGGAUGUUCUUGAGAACAUAGAUCCCUGUCUUCAGCCAAUCCUGAUCAAGAACCUUACAAUACGAGACGGUCAAUCAUUCAUCAAUAUUGGAGACACUGAAAUUGAGUACAAUCCCAACUUUAGGCUCUACCUGGCCACCUGUCUGCCCAACCCCCACUUCCUCCCGGCAGUGUGUGUCCUGGUGAAGCUGAUCAACUUCUCGGUAGAGUACGAGUGUCUGCAGGAGCAGCUGCUGUCCAGCGCGGUGUCUCUGUAUCAGCCGGAGCUAGAGCUGCACCACAACCAGCUCCUGCACACUAUUACUGCUGACCUGUUCAGCCUUCACGAGCUGGAGAACAGGUCCCUGCUGCUGCUGCAGGACACCCAGGGACACAUAUUGGACGACCAGGACCUCGUUGAUAACCUGAAAAAGUCCAAGGUCACCUCCAAUGAGAUCUCCGUGCGAGUUGAAACGGCUAAGGACAAGGAGAAGGAGAUCGACGAGGUCCGCAAGAAGUACCUCCCUAUCGCUAACCGUGGUGCAGACCUGUAUUUUGUCCUGGCCGACCUCACCCAGAUCAACUACAUGUACCAGUUCUCCCUGGACUGGUUCAAUGACAUGUAUGUGAAAGCUUUGCAGGUGGCUACGGAAGGCCAGGAGUGGCCCACCCUGGACGUGUCCAUGCCUGUGAUGGGCACCCUGUGCCCGGCUGGAGCUAAAAUCCUGAGGAGGGCUGUGGUGGUACCUGGAACAUGUGCUCCCAACAUGGGGGACUUUAACCUUCGUCUCCUCAAGAUGAUGAACGCCAUCACUGAGAGUAUAUACAAGGAAGUGUCCCUGGCCCUGUUUGUGGACCACCAGGUGGUUUUCUCCUUCCUGAUGUGUUGUAACAUCAUGAAGACCAACAAGCACAACAUGAUAGUGGGAAGCACUGAGUUCCUGCCUGCUGAAGAGUGGAAGAUAUUCCUACACUCUGCUGUGCUGGCCAGCAUGAUGGACUCAAAGAGAGCCGAACAGGAGGAAGGGGAGCUCCUGGGCGAGCGUCCGGACCACCCGUGGCUGACAGACAGCAUGUGGGCACAGUGCCAGUACCUGUGUGCCCACCUGCCCUGCUUCGCCACCCUCUACAAGUCCAUCCAGACCAACCGUUUGCAGUGGGAAAUGUUCCAGCAAGCUAGGAACCUCUAUGACUUCCUCAGUGAGCCCUACACUGGACACGCUGGUUCUGGUACUGAAGGAGAGUCAUCCCAGUCAGCAGCAGCCUCGAAGGACAGGCAUCUCACCAAGUGUGUCCACAUCUUCCCCUGGGAGAGCCUCUCAGGCUUCCAGAAGAUCAUCUUGGUGAAGAUCCUGAGGCCUGAGUGUCUGAACACGGCAGUGAAAGCCUUUGUCAUAGAGAAGAUGGGUUCUAAGUACCUGGAGGUUGGAAAGAUCUCCCUGAGAGAGGUGUAUGAGCGCUGCUCUGCCAACGUGCCCAUCGUAUUCCUCCUUUCCCCUGGCAUGGACCCAGCUUCCCUCCUGGUGCGUCUGGCCCAGGAGCUGAGGGGUAGCAGCCUGCACCUGGACAUGGUGUCUCUGGGUCAGGGUCAGGGCCCCAGGGCAGAGGAGCUCAUUUACAAGGCCCAGGUCCUCAAGGGCCGCUGGGUCUUCCUGCAGAACUGCCACCUGGCCGCCUCCUUCAUGCCCAGACUGCAGACUGUCGUCAACUCGUUGAAGUGGAAAGGCUCAGACCUGGACCCUCACUUCCGUCUGUGGCUGUCCUCUAAACCAGACCCAGUGUUCCCUGCCUCCAUCCUGCAGAGAGCCAUUAAGGUCACUGUGGAGCCUCCUCGAGGUCUGAAGGAGAAGCUCCUCCACACCUUCAGUCCCAGUGGAGAGGUGACCGAGAGGAGCUUCUGUAAAAUGGACUGCAGCCCAGCCUGGAAGACUUUGCUCUUCAGCCUCUGCUUCUUCAACGCCAUCGUGCAGGAGAGAAAGAAGUACGGCCCUCUGGGGUGGAACAUACCCUACACCUUUACAUCUUCUGACCUGGAGGUGUCCAUGCUGAACCAGGAGAGUCUCCUGCGGGCUGCGGAAGGUUCCGAGCUGCCAUGGGCGGCCCUACGCUACCUGACGGGUGAGGUGAUCUACGGAGGGCGUGUCACCGACCCCUGGGACCGCCGCUGCCUGCUUACCAUUCUCCACCGCUGCUAUACCCCCUCAGUCCUGCAGGACGGACACAGCUUCUGUCAGGCUCAGGGCUACCCUCCCUUCCCUAAAGACGCCAGCUGGCCCCAGUGUAGAGCCUACAUAGAGAACAUGCCCGACAAGGACCUGGCAGAGGUGUUUGGCAUCGACAGCAGUGCAGAGACGGUGAUACUGCAGAACCAGACCCAGCAGUUGCUGCACACUAUCGUCAACAUGCAGCCCAGGCUCUCUGAUAGCAGCCUGCUAGUCAGAGACAGACAGUGCCAAGAUGGCGUAGUUCUGAGGAUGGCCAUGAACAUCCUGAAGAAACUACCAGAGACAGUGGAGGUUGAUCGUGUCACAGAGAAAACACUAUUCCUCAGAGACAUCAUCGCCAAAGUCAACUUUGUAGAAUCAUCUUCAUCUGACCAGGGUGAGAGAUGCACAGCCUCGGCCUCCUCUGCCCUGCUGGUGAUCCUGCGACAGGAGAUUGACCGGUUUAACUACCUCCUCUGUGUGGUGCGCUCCAGCCUCCUUUCCUUCUCUGCCUCCAUCAGAGGAGAGGUGCUGAUGAGUGAGGCUCUGGCGGAGGUCUACACUGCCCUGCUCACCAUGAUCGUACCAUCAGACUGGAAGCACUGCUCGUACGAGUCGUGCAUGACUCUGGGUUCUUGGAUCCAGGACCUGGAACAGAGAGUGUGGUUCUUCAGAGCCUGGGCAGACAACAUCAAGAUCAACCUUAUAGAAAAGAUACCUAUUAUUAGUGGAGGAGUAUACUCUCUGAACCGUCCACCUAAGACUGACCUGCAGCAGAGCCUCAAGAACAGGAAGCCUCGCUCAUACUGGCUCUCUGGGUUCUUCUUUCCACAAGGUUUUCUGACAGCUGUUCUCCAGAACAGUGCUCGACAGAAGAACGUGCCUGUAGACUCUCUGUCUUUCACCUAUCAUGUUCAACCCGUGGAUGAGAGCUCCAGCAACUGGAGCAAAGUGGCAGACAAAACUAAACUCCUUUUUGAGGGCCCAGCUCCACCAGAUGAGGGCGUGUUGGUGUAUGGGCUGUACCUUGACGGAGCCAGCUGGGACCCUGUCUCCCACACCCUGCAGGAGCUUCAGCACAACAUCAAACACUGCCCUGUGCCUGAGAUACACUUCCUACCCUGCCAGGUCUCAGAGGAUGCUGUGGCCGUGCCUACUACAGAGUCUCCUGGGGACCUCCAGUUCUAUGACUGUCCCCUGUACCGUACCUUCAAGCGGGCAGGCUUCCUCUCCUCCUCAGGCAUCUCUACCAACUUCAUCACAGCCGUGUCUCUACCCACCUUGGAGUGUCCUACACACUGGGUCUUCAGGGGCACUGCCCUCCUCUGCCAACCUAAUGAAUGAACAAACUCAAUACCAACUGUUUACACUAAAGCUAUGAGUGAACUCAUUACCAAAUAAAGACUGUUUCAAAGUAAGGACUGUGAAACCUGAAAUACUUUUAAAAAUGUUUAUUUUCUCAUUUUCGAAACACUGAAUGGCUCAAGUAUCGUUUGAACAUAUUUUGUUGCCAUACCUACUUAGACACACUAGACCAACAUGACAAAUUCGCCCACUGGAAGACAUUAUUGAAAGAACAAGUACUCAGUUCCACAAAUAACAGAAAGCUAUUUUCUCAUUGACUGGGCGCACAGCGAUAACCAGCAGUACUCAAGUAGUUCUCUGUGUUUCCUCAGGAGUUAUGCCCCUUGAUAUGUCUUCGUUUGUCACACUCUGACCAUGAUUUGCGUUGUUUGUUUCUAUGUUUUGUUUGGUCAGGGUGUGAUAUGAGUGGGCAUUCUAUGUUGUAUGUCUAGUUUGUCUAUUUCUAUGUGUUUUGGCCUGAUAUGGUUCUCAAUCAGUGGCAGGUGUUUGUCAUUGUCUCUGAUUGGGAACCAUAUUUAGGUAGCCUGUUUUGUAUUGUGGUUGGUGGGUAAAUGUUUGUGAUGCUUGCAUGUUAGCACUCAGUUUCGAUAGCGUUUAUUUGUUAUUUUGUUUAGUGUACUUCGUGUUUUUUCGUCAUUCAUUAAAAGUAUGUAUUCACGCUG